AUGAAGAUUUCAUCUUGUGGUAUCCAUGGAUUUCAUGAGACAGUAGGCAUUGAUAGCGAUGUCUUACUUUUUCAUUGGAAACUCGAAAGCGAUCUUGACGGCGAGAAGCAAGGUGCCUAUCAAGUUAUUGUACGCAAGGGAUCUAGUUCUGGAGAAGUCCUCUGGGAUUCAGGGCGUUGUGAUGGGCCACAACAGAGAAAUAUUCGAUGCGAACCUGAAGGUGUGAAUGGACAGGUGGUUUCAAAGCAUGUUCUUGAUCCAGGUUGGACGGAUUAUCAUACCACCGUUCAAUACGUAGCUCAUGAUGUUACGGAGCGACUUUCGGUUGGAGAGAAUGUGCUUGGGGCACAUAUUGGAAAUGGUUUCUAUGCUGGUAAUCAAGGGGAUCGGUUCUUUUGGCCGAAGUAUGAAGAUAAUACCUAUGUUCGUUAUGGAAAUGCGCUUUGCUUUUUUGCAGAGUUGCAUCUUUUUUACGAAGACGGAUGUCAUGUUGUUGAGAUCUCGGACGACAAAUGGAGGGUCGCUCCAAGUGCAACUCUAGGUGCUCUGAAAUAUCAAAGUCAACCACCAGUUAUCCUUCAUGAAACUUUCACGCCAAUCAAGGAAACCUCUCCACGGCCCGGCACUAUCUGUAUUGAUUUGGGUCAAAACUCAUCUAUCAAGAAUGAGAUCGAGGUUGAAGGGGAAGCUGGAAGCGAAAUCAUAAUCAGAUAUGGAGAAACGACAUAUGAAGAUGGCAAAAUAUGUAUGCCCGAUCCAUUAUUCAAGGAGUUCGAGACGAAAGUGUACUCGAAAUUCAUCUUGGCUGGAACGGGUGGUAAGAAACGUUGGACGCCUGAUUUUUGUUUCACAAGUGCGAGAUAUAUACAAAUUGAAGGUGUAUGCAAUGCGGAAGAUACGGAAUCAAAAUUACCGAUACUGCAUUCUGUCUGUGGUAGACACGUAUCGUCCGCUUCUUCGAGAUUGGGAACCAUGAAAACCGACAAAGAAGACGUCAAUGCGCUUCUUUUGGCAUUGAAGUGGACUUUCUCGAGUAACCUCUUCAGUUACCACACCGAUUGCCCUCAAAUUGAAAAGUUCGCAUGGCUUGAAGUCACUCAUCUCUUAGCACCAGCUACAAAAUAUGUGUGGAACAUGGAAUCUCUCUAUAUAAAGAUACUAGAAGAUAUUCUGGAUGCCCAAGAGCGACCAGGUCUCAUCCCCACCAUGGCCCCCGAAAUGAGAUAUAUGUGUGGUCCCUUAUACGAUACAAUCACAUGGGGCUGCGUACUAAUCCUCAUCCCCGUCAUUUUCCAACGCUAUUAUGGGACCACAAAAUCCAUUGCCAAGAUGUACCGAGCAGGCGAACGAUAA